CCACCCCCUUGACUUCACGUGAUUGCGACCUGGUUUUGCAUGAAACUUGCGGCGGGAGUGGUGCUUCCAAGGAAACCUGACUUUGGCGCUGCUUCGCAUGUUAUUAGGUCCCUCGGUCCCGCUUCGCUCGCGGCCGGGCAACACACGAGACCACGCCCGGGCCUAGUUCUACACCCGAUGCCUCUCGCCCAAAGGUUCACCGAGGAGGAACUGGCCCUCCUCCCCCACGAGGACAGAGGCCGCGACCUACUGGGGGUGCAUUGGGGUCUGACAGCGGCUGCAACCGUGUUUCUACUCCUCCGGCUCUAUUGCAAGUUCUUCAUCAAGAGGAACUUGUGGUGGGACGACUGGAUUUUGAUUGCCUCUUGGUUCACGAUAUUGGCAACCGAUACCCUGACGACCAUCUUGGUCCGCCAAUUCGGGCUGGGGAGGCACAGCUAUGACCUCAACAUAUACGACCCACCUUUGUUCACCGUCCUCAUCAACAGUCGCGCGACAACCACCCUGACCUCGCUUGCGUGGACCAAGACAGGCUUUGCCGUCGCACUCCUGAGACUGACCAACGGUCGGACGAAAGCAUUCGUCUGGUUCAUCAUUAUUUCCAUCAACAUCACACUCGGCUUCAGCGCGGCCGUCCCAUUCAUUCAAUGUCAGCCGCUGGCAAAGGCAUGGCAUGGACAACUACCAGGGACCUGCUGGGCUCCCGGGGUAGGCACGAAGAUUUGGAUCGGAACCGGCGCAUAUUCCGCCCUGGUCGACUUCAUCCUUGCCGCCCUCCCCUGGACCUUCUUGUACCGCCUUAUGCUAAGGAAGAAGGAGAAGAUCGGUAUCCUAGUUGCCAUGAGUAUGGGCGUCGUCGCGGGAGCCGUCGCCAUCGUCAAGUGUGUUCAGCUCCCGAGACUCGGCCAAGGGGACGCAUUUUACGAGGUUGAUCUCUUUGCUUGGGAUAUCGCCGAGUCCACAGUUACCAUGAUGGCUGCUUGCAUUCCGGCCCUGAGGGUUUUGUUACGAGACGUAAAACAAUCGUCAGUCUCCGGUGGGAGGUCAAUCGCGCUUUCACAGUUCUCCAUGUCCUUCAUGUCGACGCGAAUGGGGCGAAACCUGGAUGGUGAUAUCGAAGUUGUACAAGGGGGGACGAGGUUAUCCAAGGAGGAUACGACACUGAGCAGCUACGGCAGGACAAGACACAGCGGAGCAGGCGAGGGGACCGGGGGGAGAUACAGCUAUACGGAUCACGGACGGGGUGCAAGACACCACUAUAUACCCAUGGACUAGAUGCAUCAUGACUUUCAUUAUGAUUAGUUAGUACACAUUAAUGAGCGACCUUUGCCUUAUGGA